UUUAAUUAAAAGUAAUGUCACAAAUAAAAUCAAAAUUAUUUUCUCCGCUCACAAUUCGUGGCAUAACUUUCAAGAACCGAAUCGGUGUUUCCCCGAUGUGUCAGUACUCGGCUGAAGACGGUUUGGCCAAUGACUGGCAUUUGGUAAACGCCGGCUCUUUUGCAACGGGAGGCGCAGGACUUGUUAUGAUUGAAGCGACUGGUGUUGAGGCCAGAGGGAGGAUCAGUCCGGGAUGUCUUGGACUUUGGAAAGAUGAACAAAUUGAACCAUUGGCUAGAAUUUGUAAAUUUAUUAAAUCUCAGGGAUCCGUAGCAGGUAUACAGUUAGCACAUGGAGGUCGUAAAGCCAGUACACUUCCACCAUUUGUUGGUCRCGACUCAAUUACCGAUGAAAAGGGUGGAUGGCCUACAAUUGGUGCGUCGGCUCUAGCUUUUGGCGGACCCAUUUGGAAAGUGCCCAAAGAAGCUACCAUUGAUGACAUUAAUGAUAUUAARGAGGCGUUUAAUUUAUCAGCUAAACGAGCCAUUAAAGCCGGUUUUCAGGUGAUUGAAUUGCAUUUUGCCCAUGGUUAUUUGGUGAGCACUUUUUUAUCGCCCAAAACUAACAUCAGAACCGAUAAAUAUGGAGGAAGUGUUGAAAACAGAAUGCGUUUGGGAUUAGAAAUCACUGAAAGUGUCCAAAAAAUAUUACCCAAAGAUAUAGUAUUAGGAGUAAGAAUAUCUGUCACCGAUUUUGCAGAAAACGGAUGGGAUGUCCAACAAUCCAUUGAGUUCGCCAAACAUUUGAAGAAACUUAAUGUCGAUUUCAUAGAUUGUAGUUCUGGUGGUAUUAUUGGUGGCAUUGAUUAUAAUCCAUUGAACACAAAUCAAGUACAGAUCGAUGCGGCGGAAACUAUACAGAAAGAGGUGGACAUUGCCACGGCUGCCGUCGGCAAAAUAAUUGACCCUAAAUUUGCUGAGAAUAUUCUACAACAAAAUGGCGCGAGUUUUAUAUUCAUUGGCCGCGCGUUUCUCAAUAACCCUCACUGGACUUAUAUGGCCGCCGAUGAUCUGGCCAACGCUCAGUCAUUCAAAUACCCGAAUCAAUACGAUUGGUGUAUCGGUUGGAAAGCGUUGGCUAAAUGGCGACAACAUAUCAAAAUUUCUACUGAUUCUAAUAAUAAUUAA